AUGUCUUUCGACACGUCUGCACACGUGCCACCUCCUCAGAAUGAGAAUCAGGCUGCCGAACCACAGAGUCAUAACACUUCAUCAGCAUCGACAUCCUCAAGCGUACCCGAGAGUAAUUCCAUACAACAACAACCAGCUAAUUUAAUCAGAUCAUCAAAAAACAAUACACAACAACAAAACAUCAUUAAAACAAAGCGGAAUACAAACAAGUUAGGACUCUCGAUAAAAGCACCUUUAAGUAAUGAUGUGAUUACCGAUUCUGAUUCUUCAUCAUCAGAAAAUUUAAUUGAUGAAAUUCCAUCAUUCUUGUUGGAUCAGUAUGCUAAUAACAACAACGGGGGAGAGGGAAAGCCGAACUUGCCAACAACCACUUCUGAUCCGAGCACCAUUUUCGCACCUCCAACUAUUUCCUCUUUAUCCUCUGCCGGUGGUAGCCCUCUCAAGAUUAAACUGUUGUCUACCCCUCCCGUUCUUGUAUCAAAAACACAAACAAAGAGUCCCAGUUCUGCAUCAACCAUUUCUUCUGCUUCAUCUCCUUCUGAAAAGCUUCCUCUUUCAGCAGGUGCUUUACCAAGCGGUAUCACUCCACUUCAAUUUACUCCACUAAAUAGACCCAAAACAGAGUCUAACAAAAAGCAAGGCAAAAAGAAUUUACAUUUAACUCUCAAUUUACCAAGCAAAAACAAAGUGCCUGGAGUAGGAUUAGAUCAUGAAUUUUCAGUUUCUCAAAGUGGCACUUGGAAAGCAGGAGCCAUUGAAAUCGGAAAGUAUGGUCUAAAAGGAUCAAACGAGGAAUCUCCAACUGUACCUUCAACAACCACCAGUAUAACAUCUACAACAUCAGACGAAACGAACAGACAAAACGCUUCGAGUGGAUCCACUCCUAUUUCAGCUGACAAUACUACAGAUGCCUCUUCUCCAUCCUUUUUUGACUCCAUUACUGGGAAACGAAAAUCACCAAAAAUCAAUUACGAAGAUUUACAUAUUUCUAAAACAGCACUAGGCGCUGGUGCAUCUGCUAAAGUUAUUAGAGCUGUCUUAAAGAGUGACCGUUCCAAAAGGUUUGCAAUGAAAAUUAUCGAUCUCUAUGAAGAAGGUGUUAAACCUAAGCAGAUUAUCUCAGAAGUCAAGGCUCUUUAUGAAAGUGUUUGUUGUGAAAAUGUUGUAAAAUUUUAUGAAGCUUUUCAUAGAGAAGGCACAAUCCGACUUUUAAUUGAAUACAUGGAUUGUGGCUCUUUGGAGGACGUUUAUACCACUGUUGGUACUAUCCCAGAACCUGUAUUGGCAGAAAUGACUUUCCAAAUUUUGAAAGCUCUAGACUACCUGGAAGGAAAGGGCAUUAUCCAUAGAGAUAUCAAACCAGCAAAUAUUUUACUCAACAAAAAAGGAAUCGUAAAAUUGACUGAUUUCGGAAUGUCUCAACAAUCUGAGUCCAAAAAGUUCAAAACCUUCCAAGGAACAUAUUACUACAUGUCACCAGAACGACUUCGAGGUGACUCUCAUAGUUUUGAUAGUGAUAUUUGGAGUGUUGGUGUUUCAAUUGCUGAAUGCGCUUGUGGCUCUCUACCCUUUGAAAAAGGUUCAGAGUCCAGUUUAUGGAAUUUACUGCAAUAUGUCACAGAUUCCAAUGUAGUAAUCAUCAAAUCAGGAGAUUUUUCUGACGAGUUCAUUGAUUUUGUACAGAAAUGUAUGGCAAAACAAACCAUUGACAGACCAUCUGCAAAACAAUUAUUUAAUCAUCCUUGGAUUAGAAAAUACAUUCCAGACCCAAAUGCUUUUGCUCCAACAAAAACAAGACAAUGGAUCAAGGAAGUGUAUCUUCCAAAAAAGAAGAUGAAAAAAGAAGAGGAGCAAAAAGAGAAAAAGGACUUUGAUGUUCUUAAAGAUAUGUUGAACAAAUACGAGUAA